AUGGCUAAGAAAGUCCUGCCAAAAAUGUACUAUGACUUCUACACUGGAGGAGCCGAGGACGAGUAUAAGCUGAAAGAGAAUGUGGAAGCUUUUCAAAGAUUCAUGACAAAUAAGAGCUUUGAUGCUUCUUUAAGUUGGAAGGAUGUAGAAUGGUUAAAAUCUAUUACAAACUUGCCAACUGUGGUCAAGGGGAUACUGAUUCGAGAAGAUGGUCAAAACAGGCAGCUUCGAGGGCAUAUAAACGACAUCGUACAGGAAGCACUUGGACCCACAAAAUGA